CGUAAAGUAUCUGCAACAAUAUGACAUCGGUUAAGGAUCAGUUAAAAGAAGAUACACAAGUGGAGUCACUUCCUCAUGCUGAAAGUAUAACGGAUCGUAAUUCGAGGUGUGAUUCACCAAAACGCGGAACUACACUGUCAACUAGUACAAGUAGUUUUGAAGCGUUGGAUCCUCACGACCCGAAUCUUAGUCGUUUAGCCAACACAAUGUUUCAGAAAACUGGCGAAUAUCUGCAGGAGGAACUCACAGCCACUCAUGCCGAUUAUCGUUUAUUGGAACGAUUAAAUAAAGAGACAAUCGCAAAGUACACCGAAUUAAAAACCAUAUCUUCCAGUGUAGCUCAGUCGCUGGAUUCUUUAAAUGAAAAAUAUAAAAAGUUACAGCCUAUUUUGGACAACAUUAACGAGAUCGAUGAUAGUGUCAACAAGCUUGAACAGGCAGCAUAUAAAUUAGCAUCGUACUCGAAACGAUUGGAAGCAAAGUUUAAAGACAUCGAGAAAGAUGCAAAGAACAAGUGA